AUCAUCCACAAUAGUGGAGCUUUCCUGUAGCUCCGGAGCUAGCUCUCCCAAAUAUGAAAUGAAUCCCAAAGCAAUUGAAGCUAAACAUAUCCGAAUCUCGGAGCAAUUGAAGCUUAUCUUCUUUUCAAGUACACGAUGACAUCCACAGCCCCUGUUGUGGAGAAACUCCUGUCCAAUGGCCACAAUCAUCUUCACCUUCAGGAUAAGUAUGUCUUUCCUCCUGGUGAACGUCCUGACAUGUCCCAGGUCUGUUAUUUAUAUAGAUUUCCAGUCAUAGACCUCAAAGAUCUGGAUGGGCCUCGUAGAAUAAAGGUAGUCAAUGAGAUUAAGAGGUCAUGCGAGGAGGAUGGUUUUUUCCAGAUCAUGAACCAUGGAGUGCCAGAAACUGUGAUGAAAAGCAUGAUGGGCAUUGCCAAAGAAUUUUUUGAAAUGCGUGUGGAAGAUAGGGUUUGUCUCUAUUCAGAGGACCCACGGCAGGCUGUCAAGGUUUAUACAAGCUUCAAUGUCAACAAAGAUAAAUUCUUUAGCUGGAAGGAUUCUCUAAGACACCCAUGUCAUCCGCUGGAGGAAUUUAUCAAUUCAUGGCCUCAAAAGCCUACACUUUACAGAGAGGUUGCAGGAAUUUAUGCUAAGGAGAUACGAGUACUGGUUCUAAGGCUUCUGGCUGCAAUUUCUGAAGCUCUGGGACAAGAUUCUGAUUAUUUGAAUGCAAUCUUUGGAAAGCAUACUCAGGAAAUGCUCAUAAAUUACUAUCCUCCAUGCCCAAAUCCAGAUCUUACCUUUGGUGUUGUACCUCAUUCAGAUCCAAGUGGCAUCACUGUUCUGAUGCAAGGAGAUGUGAGCGGUCUGCAAGUGCUAAAAGAUGGGAAAUGGUUUGCAGUAGAACCAAUACCCAAUGCUUUUGUGGUCAAUUUGGCUGAUCAACUUCAGGUUAUAAGCAAUGGAAGAUUCAAAAGCUCCGAGCACAGGGCUGUAACCAAUAAAACUACUGCACGUAUAUCUAUUCCCUCCUUCUAUGGGCCUUCGUUUGAUUCCUUCAUUGCUCCUGCAGCAUCCAUGGUGGAUGAGGAGCAUCCGGCUUUAUACAGAGGAUAUAAAUUUGAAGAAUACAUGACGGCAUUCUUUGGCCAAACUUUGAAGGGCAAGAGCAUUUUGGAUCGCUUCAAGAUUGAAGUCAAUCCAUGAUUGAAAAAAGUGGUAUAUAACAGCUGUUGUUGUAAUAUACAUAUGCUAGUAUGGAAGGUAGACACUACGUUGUAUAGCAAUGCUUUAUCUGGGGAAUAAGGUGGAAGAGACCAACCUAUUCCUCUACAUUUAAAUUUGAGAGGUGGUAAGAACAGCUUCUAUUUAAUAGUUUAAAAAUAAAAAAUUUAAGGUUUUUUUA